AUGACAAACGAGGUCUUCGGCCUGCCACUGGCAAAGCGCCAGAAAGUCGUUGCCGAGAAAUCCAGCCAGUCCAGCGCGCCAGAGGGAUCGCGCAUCUUCACCCCGUUCCGAACACUGGGUCUCGUCUCGUCUACGUCCGUCCCAUUUACUUCCAUCCCGCUGGGCAAGACUACGUUCCAGAUUACCACCUCCGUCGGCCAGUCUCUGCAGACCUAUGACUUGCGACGGGGCCUCAGUCUCGUCUUCUUGACCAGACCGCAGACUCCGGCACUAAUCACGGCGACAUGUGCAUGGAAAGAUCGGGUGUUUGCUGCGUGGGGCGGCCAGUCACCAAGCCAGCAGCGCGGCGUCUGGGUGUUUAAGCGUGGGAAGAAGCUAGCUGAGCUCGAGAUGCCUGCCACCACCACCAGCGCAGAGCCGGUUGAGCAAUUGGUCAUUUUUGGAUCGUGGAUCGUCGGGUGCUGUGGCAGCAGUAUCCUCGUCUGGAAAUCGGCGGAUUACUCGCACUACACCACCCUCACUCCGCCGUCGGCGAAGACGUCGACCAAGCUCCUCACGAGCACCCUGUGCACCAUGCCCACCUAUCUCAACAAGAUCUUCGUUGGCCGAGCAGACGGCUGUGUCGACAUCUGGAACGUCUCUACGGGGAAACUGGUCUACUCUAUCCUCCCCACCGUCCCAGACGCAGGCGCCGUGAGCGCACUACAGCCGGCACCUGCCCUGUCUCUUUUGGCCAUCGCGUAUACCUCUGGGGCACUCACGAUCCACAACAUCCAGACGGACAGGCCUGUGCUCCUACUGAGAAAGCCGGGCCCCAAUACCACACCGAUCACCACCAUCUCAUUCCGCACGGACGGGAUUGGGGCUGGCGAGGAUGGACGGAAGGAUGGUGUGAUGGCCACUGCUGGUACGGGCAGCGGAGAUAUUGUCAUGUGGGAUUUGAACAAUGGCGGCCGUGUGACCGGCAUACUAAGGAAUGCGCACGAACCGUCCGGGGAAGACAAGGGUGCGCAAAUAAAUAAGAUCGAGUUUCUGGCAGGCCAGCCAGUUAUGGUCUCGACGGGGUCAGACAAUGCGCUGCGCACCUGGAUAUUCGACGAGACUCCGUUCUCUCCUACGCCGCGGCCGCUACAUGCGCGGUCCGGCCACUCCGCGCCAAUCACGAAAGUCAUGUUCGUACCCUCUGGCUCCGAUGGGUCUGAAACCAUAGGCAAGUGGCUGUUGAGUGCUGGCCAGGACCGUAGCUUGUUUGGCCUGAGCCUGCGUAAGGACUCUCAGAAUUCGGAGCUCUCGCAGGGGAAGGUCAAGAGCAAGGCAAAGAAGACAGGCGCAUCGAGCACUCCGUCUGGUCAGCAGACGAUGCGGUAUGAAGAAUUGAAGGCUCCCGAGAUAACUUGUUUGGCUUGUUCAUUGAACCGAGAUGGUGGGAUGGGCACAGCUGUUGGAGGGCCUGUCUGGGCGAAUGCAAAAGCGGCAAGCGCCGAGAAUACAAAUAUAACAGGCUGGGAGAGUAUAGUUACCGGGCAUAAGGGGGAUAAGUUUGCACGCACCUGGGUUUGGGGCAAGAAAAAGGCCGGGCGGUGGGCGCUGGAGACGGGUGAUGGCACGGAGGUGAAGAGCGUCGCCAUUUCACAGUGUGGGACGUUUGCGCUGGUUGGCUCUGACGGAGGCUCUCUGGUCAUGUAUAACCUACAAUCUGGCAUUCGUCGCCAGACCUUCCCGCCACGGUUGACUCCCGCCCAAGCGAAGAAAGCAAAACUACAGCAACUUGUCGCCACGGAAGAUGAUCAACCUGAGAUGAAGAAAUCCACAAAACAUUCCAAGGCGGUUACAGGAAUUGUUGUCGACAGUUUAAAUACCACCGUGGUCAGCUGUGGCCUCGAUGGGAAAGUCAAGUUCUGGAGCCUACUCACCGGCCAACUUCUGGACGAGCUGGACUGGAAUCCCAUGUGCGCCAUAACAGGCCUCCGCUUCAGCAGCACCAGUGACCUUCUUGCCCUGAGCUGCGACGACCUGUCCAUACGUGUCAUCGAUAUCCAAACCAAAAAACUAGUCCGUGAGCUCUGGGGCUGCGUUGGCCAGGUUAACGAUUUCACCAUCUCGAAUGAUGGACGCUGGAUCGUUGCCGCGUCUAUGGACUCGGUGAUUCGUGUCUGGGAUUUACCCACCGGCCACCUGAUCGAUGCAUUCCGGCUGAAGAAUACCUGUGUUGCACUGACGUUUUCGAGCACGGGCGAGUUUCUCGCCACUGCCCACGCGGAUGGGGUAGGAAUCAAUAUCUGGAACAACAAGAGCCUGUUCAUGCAUGUUCCGACCAGACAUAUCGAUGAAGAUGCGAUUGCGGUGGUUGCUGCUCCAACCGCAUCUGGAGAAGGCGGCGUUGCUAUGAUUGAAGCCGCCUUUGGUGACGAUGUGACGGCGGAUGACCAGGAGGCGCCAAUCCUUACCCCUGAUCAGCUUAGCCAUAACAUGAUGACCCUGAGCAUGACCCCAAAGACAAGGUGGCAAACUCUUCUACAUCUAGACACCAUUAAGCAACGAAACAAACCCAAGGAAGCUCCGAAGAAGCCGAAGAAGGCUCCGUUCUUCCUCCCGUCGAUCGAAUCGAACCCUACAUCUGAAUCAGCGAGCCUGGAUAAAGCCAUCGCCGACGAUGACGACGAGAAGAAGAUCUCGCAAGCCGAACGAAGCCGGAUCGCGCGGAUACAGCGCGUGAAUAGCUCUGGCGGACAGUCAUCGCAGUUCACAACCUUACUCCAUUCCUGCGGGCGGUCGUCCGACUUCGUCCCGUUCAUCGAGUACCUGAAACUGCUCUCCCCGGCGAAGACCGACCUGGAGAUACGCUCCCUCGACCCAAGGAACCGCGAUGACCAGGAGAACGAGCUGGCUCUCUUCGUCCGCGCGCUGACGGAGCGGCUGAGGCAGAAACGAGACUUUGAGCUGGUGAACACGUGGAUGGCCGUCUUCCUGCGUGUCCACGACGACGCCGUCGAGGCUGCCGUUGGGCCUGAAGCGAAUGAUGGCGAGGGAGGCAUGUUUGGCACCAGUGUGGCGCUGCAGCAGGCCCUGGGCGAAUGGAAGGCUGAGCAGGAGAGCGAGGCCAAGCGGCUGGCUGAUCUGGUCAGCUAUUGUCGCGGUAUCGUGGGCUUCUUGCGGUCCGCACGGUAG